AUGUCUAUCGAGAACCCUUGGCCCGUGAUUGUGGCUGAGCAGGCCUCCUGGCAUCAUCUACUUUGGUGCCUCACUCCGCCCGUCUGCACCAACGAAGAUGGUUUUGGUAAACCAUCUUCAGAUGACAAGUAUGAAUUUCAGCUAAAUGUCUGCAAUUUAGCUGGCAGACAACAAUCGGCAUGCAACAUAUGGAGUCGAUUAGCCUCUGCAUCUCUGGGCCUGUCUAAACGAGGCUUUGUGAAUAUUCCAGAUGGUCUACCUCUUCUAUCCAGACAGUUAAAUUUACUCCGUCUGAUGACUGGCUUGCCCAACACUCAGACUUCCUUACAUGCCAAGGAUGCUGGCCCAUUAUUACCACCUCGAACCUUCUUUCCCAGUCUACGCGAAGUAGUUAAGCGGCCUCCAGUCAACUUUGUUAUGGCUGGAUAUCAGACUCGAAUUUCGACAGAUCGGUCUUGCAAGCCUAUUGCGUACGUGGUUUCUCCUUCACGAGUGCAGAUUAACCUCUUGCACUUUUUUUAUGCUUGGCUCAUUUCGGCUAGACCCGGCCAGAUUUCACCAACAUCAGUGUUUUUCUUGCUAAAAGAGGUCUCUGCGGCCCCACUUGCUGUCCUGGCAGGCUGUGAGGCUGGAGAAUCAGUUUGUGUUUAA